UAAACGCGACAGCUUCACGUGUACUGUGUUCAUUCUAUUUUCAGUAUUGACGGCAAAUUUACAUUAUUCAAUUUGUGCAGUGAAUAAAAGAAAUAUAAGAAAAUGCCAACAAUUAACAUAAAACGAGAUUUAUUAUUUGAGGCAUUGGGUAAAACUUAUACCGACGAUGAGUUUCAAACUUUGUGCUUUGCUUUUGGCCUGGAAUUGGACGAAGUGACGACGGAAAAGCAAAUGCUGACGAAAGAACAAGGUGCAGUUGAAGCAACCGAAUCAGCAUCCGAAGAGAUAAUUUAUCGUAUUGAUAUUCCGGCAAAUCGAUAUGAUUUAUUGUGUUUGGAAGGUCUUGUAUCCGCUUUACUGGUGUUCCAAGGUACAAAACAGCCAGAACGUUAUUUACGUGUCGAUCCACCGGCUGGCAAGGCGGCAGAAAAAUUAAUCAUUCUUGGCGAUACGGCAAAAAUUCGUCCAUUUGCUGUGGCAGCAGUUUUGCGUGAUGUCACUCUUAAUAAGAAUGCAUACGAUAGUUUCAUUGAACUUCAAGAUAAAUUGCAUCAAAACAUAUGCCGUAAAAGAAAACUGGUCGCAAUGGGAACCCAUGAUUUGGAUACCAUCGAAGGUCCGUUUUAUUAUAACGCAAAACCACCGACCGAUAUAAAAUUCAUUCCGUUGAAUCAAACAAAAGAGAUGAAUGGCGUUGAAUUAAUGGAAUGCUAUUCAACGCACGCACAAUUGAAACAUUAUUUGCCAAUCAUUCGUGAUUCACCAGUGUAUCCGGUGAUUUAUGAUUCAAAAGACCGAGUUUUAUCAUUACCACCAAUUAUCAAUGGUGAUCACUCGAAGAUCUCAGUCAAUACGAAAAAUAUUUUCAUCGAAUGUACGGCCACCGAUUUGACAAAAGCAAAGGUAGUCUUGGACACAUUAGUCUCAAUUUUUUCGGUGUAUUGCGCAAAACCCGGCCACGUUGAGUAUUGUGAAGUUGUCAAUUCAAAUGGUGAAACAAUUGUUUAUCCAGAGCUUGAAUAUCGUAUGGAAACGAUUCUACCAGAAGCGACCAACAAAUAUAUCGGUAUUCAAUUGACACCGGAAGAAAUUGCCAAUAAUUUGACGAGAAUGUGCUUGAAAUCGACACUUAAGGCCGAUGACAAAUUGGAAGUGGAAAUUCCACCAACACGUCAUGAUGUCAUCCAUGCAUGCGAUAUAUACGAAGAUGUUGCCAUUAGUUACGGAUUCAAUAAUAUCAACCGAACACUGCCAUCAUUCAUGCACUUUGGACGUCAAUAUCCGUUGAAUAAAUUGACCGAACAAUUGCGUGAACAAGUUGCUCAGGCCGGUUUUACCGAAGCGCUUACCUUUUCACUUUGUUCGCGCGAAGACAUUUCAACGAAACUUGGCAAGAAAAUUGAAGACAUCCCAGCUGUACACAUUUCCAAUCCGAAAACGCUUGAAUUCCAAGUGGCACGUACAUGCCUAUUGUCGGGUGUUCUAAAAACAGUUGCGGCCAAUAAAAGAAUGCCAUUGCCAUUGAAGAUGUUUGAAAUCUCAGAUGUCGUUCUUGCUGAUGAAACAACUGAAGUUGGAGCGAGAAAUGAAAGACGACUUGUUGCUGUUAACUGCAACAAAUCAGCCGGUUUUGAAGUUGUACACGGACUAUUGGAUCGGGUUAUGCAGUUACUUGAGGUUCCAUGGAAAGGUGAAAAUGGAUAUGUUUUAGAUGCUACAGAAGAUCCAGCCUAUUUCCCCGGAAGAUGUGCCAAUAUCAAAUACAAAGGUGUUAAUAUUGGAAAAAUUGGCGUUCUUCAUCCAAACGUUUUACAAGCAUAUGAACUGACCAAUCCAUGCAGUGUUUUCGAAAUUAAUAUCGAACCAUUCGUCUAACAAUUGUUUUUAAACAUUCAUUAAUUUAUCCUAAAUGAAAAUGUCAUAUAUUUUUGCUCUCAAUGCUGAAAGUGCCGGCUAUCUAUUUUUCACACUCAAAUUUAAUAAAAAUAUUAUUUUAUUAGUAGUACGAAA